AUGCUUACCCCUCCUCCCGAAAUUCACCCACAGCAGUCUACCAACACUGCUAGGUCUGGCUUCAGCCAGCUCGUCCAUGGUUGGGGCAUGUUGCAAUCGGCGUCCUAUAGCCCACUUGCCUCUCGUAUCUCACGCCCGGCCAUCAACAUCCGCGAUGUGUUCUUUGGCGCCUCUUCAACUAUGGGCUCUCAAGGCCUGAUUGAUACGCACGAUCGCACUGCAUCACGCUUCUGUGGUCCAGUUCCAAGCACAGACGCCCACCACCCGGGCGCCGACUUCAGCGAUGUGCCAACCUGUUGCGGUCGUCACGAUUUCAGUAGCGGAGAAACCCGGACUAGUGGCAUCAUCGUAAACCAAGAAGGCCGGCUGCGCGUGAGAGUCCUGCCUCGGCCUCAGCGCCAAUCAUUAGUCCGGAGCCGCGAACCACGAGCCAGAAGUAGGGCGAUAUCCUUACCCUCGUCAAUACCAAGCCUAUCGCCAACGUCUCGACUGCCACCGUCUCGCUAUGAAGGCAUCUCGAUCUCAGACGUGCCCGAGGAAACUAUCGCUUGCUCGGGCUCGGACGCCGCUGUGGACCCCAAUGGCAGUCUCGCAUCGCACACAUCUAAAGUUCAGGCGCUCGUCAUCGGUGUCAACGAGUAUCAGUUCGCUCACCGCCACCGCGCGUGGAACCUUCGCGGCGCCGUCGGGGACGCCGAUGACGUCCGGAACUAUCUACACCAUGAUCUGGGUGUCCCGGACGACCAGAUCGUCAACCUUCGUGACAGUGCGGCUACAUGCGGUGCCAUUAAGAGCGAGAUCAAGGCUUUGGGUACACGCCCGGGGUUCAGCACGGGCGAUCCGAUCUUCAUCUACUUUGCGGGACAUGGACGCCUGAUCACAACCGCGGGUACUGGCAAGAGCAUCCCGAGCAUACUGCCACAUGACUUUGCAUUCGACAUGCACGACAAGGAGCGUCUUCACCGGGUUAUCUCGUUCGCUUGGCUGGACAAGACGUUACGGUCGUUGGCCGGAUCAAGUGGUUCAGGCAGGUCUGGCAUAGGCGACAACAUCACACUUGUAUUUGACUGCUGCCUCAACCGCAGCGAAGGCACAGUCCGAAUGGGCUUGGACGAGUUCUGGAAAGGGAUCGAGGAUGGGCCGUACGUUGUUCUUCAUGCGUGCAGCUUGGGAGAGUACGCACGUGAGAUCGCGAUCGAAGGGCCGCAACACGAAGGGCACUCCGAGGAAGAGCGGGAAAGACGAGGGUUGUUCACCGGGGCACUUCUCGGAGUCUGGAUCUGGGAGAUCGCUACCGUGGACUCCAACAUCCGUCCAUUCAAGGGAGGAAUGCCAACCGUAUCCUCUUCAGUACCUGCGCCAUUUCAACUGCAGCUGCAACUGCUCCCAGCUUUCCCACCACCCAUCGUCGUCCGGUACGGCAAGGCUCGUUGUAGAAAGUGA